AUGGCUGAGUUCCCAAAGCACCCGUUCCUCCUCUCCGUCGCCGAGACGGCCGAAGCCCUCGCCACCGAUGUCGACAAGGGCCUCACUUCGGCCCAGGUGGCCGAGAUGUCGGCAAAGUACCCAAAGAAUGAGCUUGACGUCGGCGGUGGUAUCGCCUGGUACAGCAUUCUGACCAAGCAGAUUCUCAACGCCAUGAUUAUUGUCCUUGUAUUCGCCAUGGCCCUCAGUUUCGGCAUCAAGGAUUACAUCGAGGGUGGCGUCCUCGCAUGUGUCAUUGUCCUCAACGUAACGAUUGGCUUCUGGCAGGAGUACCGCGCUGAAAAGCGCAUGGACGCUCUUCGUGCCCUCUCCUCACCCAGUGCCAUGGUUCUCCGUGACGGCAAGACCCAAGUUAUCUCCAACCCCGACGUCGUCCCCGGCGACAUUGUCCUCCUCAAGAUGGGCGACACAGUGCCAGCUGAUCUCCGUCUCUUUGAAGCCAUGAACCUGGCCUGUGAGGAGGGCCAGCUCACCGGCGAAUCGAUCCCCGUCGAGAAGAUCACUGAAAACAACGUCACGACCCCCGGAACCGAAAAGCUGGCCACCUCGGAACAGGAGGUUGGCAUCGGUGACCGCGUCAACAUGGCCUACGCCACCACCGUCGUCCGAAAGGGCCGCGGUCGCGGCAUCGUGACAGCUACUGGCAUGACAACCGAGGUGGGCAAGAUCGCGGCCUCAACCUCCAAGAAGCAGCGCAAGCACGGCCGUUCCAUGAACUGGCGCAAGUAUGGCAAGCGCCAGCCCGUUGUUGGCUUGGCUAAGCGUACCUACGAUAUUAUCGGCAAGUUCUUGGGCCUGACUGAGGGCACUCCUCUCCAGCGAAAGCUGUCAGCCCUUGCCUAUGUCCUCUUUGGUUGCGCUAUCAUCCUAGCCAUGGUCGUCUUUGGCGUUAACCACUUCAAACUUCGCAACGAAGUUAUCAUUUAUGCCACCUCUCUUGGCAUUGCCAUCAUCCCCGAAUCUCUUGUCGCUGUCCUUACAAUUACCAUGGUCGUCGCUGUCACCGUCAUGCGCAAGGCAAAUGUCGUUGUUCGUGACCUCUCUGCGCUCGAAGCUCUCGGCGGUGUUACCAACAUUUGCUCUGACAAGACCGGCACCCUGACCGAAGGUGCCAUGAUCGUUCGCAAGGCUUGGAUUCCCAGCAGCCACAUCUAUACCGUCCACGACUCGCAGAGCCCGAGCGAUCCGACCAAGGGUCGCGUCACAUACGCCCUCAACAAGGACGAGCCCAUCACUGAGGCUCCCAAGCGAGACUACGACCGGGAGCGCAGUGCUGCUGUUCUCAAGUUUGAUGUCCCUGACGAGAAGCUCAACCCCAAGAGCGAAGCCGAGCCUGCUCCAGUCGAAACGGCUUGCGAAAUGACGGAUGAGCUCAAGGCAUUUUUGCUCUCGACAUCUUUGUGCAACCUGGCCACUGUUCGCUUCGACAAGGAAGAGGAAAAGUGGCAGACGACUGGUGAGCCCACUGAGAUUGCUCUUCAAGUCUUUGCCCACCGCUUCAGCCUCGGAAAGAAGUCUCUCGAGGGCCAGGGCUGGAAGCAGCUCGCCGAAUUCCCCUUUGAUAGUUCCAUCAAGCGCAUGUCCGUUAUUUAUGACGCGCCCGAUGGUGAGAGUGGCUCCAUUGUUGAGGGCACCAACAGCAUGGUCUUCACAAAAGGAGCUGUCGAGCGCAUCCUAGAUCUCUGCUCGCACGUAGGGACCGGCGCAGAACAGCAGCCCGUCACCGAUGAGCUCAAGGAGACGGUCCUCCAGCAGAUGAACAACCUCGCUUCUCAGGGCCAGCGCGUUCUUGCUAUUGCAUACCGCACAUGGGACGGCAAGUUCACCGCGAAGCAGUCAUCCAGCGCCGCCGAAGAUGAGAAGCUCCGCGGUGAAGUGGAGCAGGGCCUCACACUGCUCGGACUUGCUGGCAUCUAUGACCCUCCGCGUCGCGAGACCAAGCCUUCCAUCGCGGAGUGCUCCCAGGCCGGUAUCAAGGUGCACAUGCUCACUGGCGACCACCCCGAGACAGCCAAGGCCAUUGCCAAGGAAGUUGGUAUCAUCCCCAAGAACCUCGGCAUUCUGCCGGACAAGGUUGCAACUUCCAUUGUCCAGAAGGCCACUGACUUUGACCACAUGACUGAAGCCGAGAUCGAUGCGCUGGAAGAACUUCCCCUGGUCAUCGCCCGCUGUGCUCCUGACACCAAGACUCGCAUGAUUGAAGCUCUACGUCGCCGCGGCGCCUUCAUGGCCAUGACUGGUGACGGCGUCAACGAUGCGCCAUCUCUGUCCCGUGCUGACGUCGGUAUCGCCAUGGGCUCGGGCUCUGAUGUCGCAAAGUCGGCUUCCAAGAUUGUGCUGACUGACGACAAAUUCAAUUCCAUCGUCUCCGCUAUUCGUGAGGGACGUCGCAUGUUUGAUAACAUUCAAAAGUUUAUCCUACACUUGCUCACCUCCAAUGUUGGUGAGGUCAUUCUCCUCAUUGCUGGCCUCGGCUUUGUCGACGACGAUGGCUUCUCGGUCUUCCCCAUUUCCCCGCUCCACAUCAUCUGGAUCAACAUGGUUACUUCAUCGUUCCCAGCUUUUGGUCUUGGCCGCGAGCCUGCCGCCCAAGACGUCAUGCGCAAGCCUCCUCAGGACAAGCGACGUGGUGUCUUCACCAACCAAAUCAUCGUCGACAUGGUAAUUUAUGGCAUCAUGAUGGGAGCCUGCACCAUGAUUACGUUCGUUAUCAUCAUUUACGGUCAAUACGGGGGCGAUCUUGGGGCGAACUGCAACACGGCGUUUUCUGAUGCCUGCCGGCCUGUGUUCCGAGCUCGCGCGGCCGUUUUUGCGGAGCUUACCUGGUUGAUCCUGAUUUCUGCCUGGGAGUUCAAGAGCCUCCGCCGUUCCAUGUUCCGGCUCAACCCUGACGACGACAGCUACUUUCCCUUUUUCAAGGAUGUAUACAGCAACCGCUUCCUAUUUUGGUCCGUUAUCAUCGGAGCGCUGUCCGUCAUUCCUGUUGUGUAUAUCCCAGCGCUGAACACCAAGUUCUUCAAGCAUGCCCCGAUCUCUUGGGAGUGGGCGCUAUCGAUCGGUUUCACGCUUGUCUUUGUCGCUGGCAUCGAGGGUUGGAAGUUUAUCAAGCGCCACUUCCAGCUGCUUCAGGAUCGCGCCGUUCAGCGCGGUGCCUGGGGCCAAGGAGGGCCAGAUGAUUCGGGAGUCAAGUUCCGCAAGACAAUGUCCAUGUCGAGCUUCAAGACGUGGGCGUCGUUUUCGCGCAAAGACACGGGCGAGACCCUAUCAAAGAGUAACACGCAGGUGUCUGGAGCCAAGAAUUCCAGCAUGGUAUAG